GUAUUCGUAGUCUGUGAGUGUUUUGCAUUUUUGUCGAAAAUGUAAUUUUAUUUUUUGUUACUUCUUUUUGUAGAUAAAUUAUAUUAUAAAAAAAGUGUUAGAGUUCUCCUCGAGAUGAUCGUUACUAAUAAUAUUUAAUUUAUGUUUCCUUAUUUAACUUUAUAGUUUAUUUCAUUAAUUUGCUGUAAAUGUCGGUCAACGGUUUUGAUUUCGGUAUAAUUUAUUUUAGUUUGGGUUUAAUUUCUUUCAUUUGGAUUUCAUUUAUCUUGCGUUCUCUAUACCAUUCGUUAGUGUUGUUUCGCAAAGGUCCCAGUAAAUGCAGGAUUCAGAUCUGGAUCAAGGCAGACGGGUUGGAGUUGAUGAAAAAUACAUUCACUUCCGACCUUCACCUAAUUUCAAGAAAAUGAAAAAGUUCUUGAAGUCAAAAAUAGACGAGAACAGUGUUCAGGCGGGGGAGUGUCCCUGUGCGGCUACGGAGGGCAUGGAGGGGGCCGGGGGGGGCGCGCCGCCGCCGCCGCUGCCGCUGGGCCCGCCGCCGCCGGACAGCCCCGGCCACGAGCCCGCCGCCGACACCCACGACGAGUUCAAUGAGGAAACACUCAAGAAUAUUAAGAAGGAGAAGGAUGAUGGAGACAAGCCGGUGAAGACAGGCGACGUGUGCCGAGACUUCAUCCGGGGCAACUGCACACGCGGCGCCGGCACGUGCCGCUUCGCGCACAAGCACGACCUGGCCCUGCUCAAGGAGGUCUACACCUUCUGCCACAACUACCAGAACUCCACGUGCAAGUACAAGAACUGCAAGUACGUGCACGCCAACAUCUUCGAGCAAGCGGAGUUUUAUAGAACCGGUGUGUUGCCGCCGCAUGCCACGGCGCAUGUGAAGAACAAUGCGGCGUGUAAGGCGGCCGGGGGGUCGGCGGGCUCGCCCCCCGCGCCCCCCGCGGCCCCCGCGCCCCGCCCCGCCGUCAAGCUGAUGCCGCCGCCGCCGCCGCCGCCUCCGCCGCAGAAUAAGCGCCCGGACGAGCCAGCGCCGCUGCCGGCGCCCGCAGUGAACCUGGCCAACCCGCCUCCGAUAGUGCCGAUAUCUAUGGGGCUGGUGAAGCAGGGCACGCCGCCGCCGCCGCCCGGCUCCGCGGGCGCGCCCCCCGCCAAGCCCGGCCUCGGGGACCACGCGGCGCUCAUCAACAAGUUUAACGUGGCCUCGUUGAACCUGGACAAUGGAGUCAAAGCCUCUUCGUGUUCAAACUGCGAUGUGUUGAAAAAUAGGUUGCUGCACACGCAGAGUAAGGCAGAGACUAUUAACAAUAGCAUCAAGGACAUGAACCAGAAGCUGGAAGAUCUAGAGAAGAAGGAAAAGCGGCUGAACGCCGUGUUAAUAUUCCUACUGAACCAACAAAGCGCGCCGACAGGCCGGCGACCGCAAAUAGGAAAUGAAUAGUUAAUAAUUAGGUUAAGUUAUUCACAUUUAUGAGCAAGACAAUGCAUUUUUCGCCGUUACCAUGUCAACAUAAAAUAUUUAGUGCCAAUUUCUCAUUUGUCGGUUAUCUAACCGAGAGGGAUUGAUUUAUAAAUUUAACGUCAUCUCCAUAUAAAAUUCAUGACAUAUGUGUCAAAAGUUAACCACUACUCCCUGGUUAUGCUCUAACCGAGAAUGGAGAAAUUGGCACUUAAUAUUAAUUAUGUCAGAGUUCCCCCUAUGGGAACCAUUUCCUCUUAAGAUGUUUUUUUUAAUUGUAAGGUAAAGCCACAAUGGGACGGGACAUGCUGCUGAUAUAAACAUUAUAUUUUAUUUGUGACAGAUGCAUUGUAAUCAUAAACUGUAAACUGGAAAUGUGUGUUGCAAUCUUUGUAUAAUGUGUAGUAUGCUUCGAAACGUAUAUUUAGUACGUAGGUUAGGUAUAUCUAAUAUCUCAAUCACAUAAUAAUAAUGUAACGAUAAUCAAGUUACAUAAAUAAAUAUCUUAAGUAAAUAAAUAUAUAUUUAAGUCGACACAGUGCUAACAAAGCCCGUGUGGCAUAGCUCUAACGUAAGUUUAGACAAGUAGAAAACUUAAGGCCGAUUUUUCAAUAGUCAGAUAAACGUUAUCUGACGAAUAAAAAUUGUUGCUGUCACUGUCUACAGCUGCGUACAGACCGGCCCAACGAACGGCCAACGAACGCCCAACGAUGGAUAUUU